AAAAAAAAAAAAAAACAAUUCUGUCGUCGCAUAAAAAUUACGCUGCAUUUUCCCCUAAUCUUUUGCCUCCACUCAAAUAAUCGACUUUCGUUCUUUCCGUUCAUCUUGUCACCGUCAGCCGCGGAACCGUUGUAAUCCAAGCUAGCAAUUACCAAUCUGUGCUCUUGCAAAGAGAAUGGAAUUAGCGGAUCGAGCAGUUGGGUUUCUAUUAUCUAUUACCAGUCUAUCAAUAUUCACGUAUUAUACGUUUUGGGUCAUCAUCCUGCCAUUUGUGGACAGUGAUAACUUCAUCCACAACUAUUUUCUACCCCAGGAAUAUGCCAUACUGAUCCCUGUGUGUGCCGGUGUGGCGCUCCUUUGCCUCCUCUGUAUUUUUAUUGGGCUCGUGCUGCUCAAAUCCAAGAAGAAGAAGGCUUGAAGCUUGAUGCUACUUUAUCAUCUCUGCAUAAAACAUGCCUUGGGUAUAGCAUUGCUUGUUUUCUUCCAUGUAUUUUUGCUUCGAAUUUAAGUUUUGAGAUGAGAAUUUGUGUUUAGGCCAUCAUAAUUUGUUAAAGAUUGUUGCAUUUGAGGACAACUUUAUUUGAUUUUUCUGUCUAAUAUACAACUGCUACAGAGAA